ACUAAUGUCAGCUCUGAGUGAUGCUAUAGGUUUGGUAAAGAAAUGUACGCUCAUAACAAAAUAGUAGUGGAUAUUUUUAUCCAUCAGAGUGCUACUAGUAGCACUACCAGUCGAUAGAAUGACUUCAGAAGAAGAUUUCGGACAAUAUCUGGACAGCUACAUUGGCGAUGACCAACACAUUGCGUUGUUAUUAGACUAUGACGGAACACUCGCCGAAGUUCCAGACCGUCCGGAGCUAAGUGUCAUUCCACCGGAAACAAAAGAAACUUUGCGUCGUAUAGCCAAUAGCGGGAAAGUGUUCGUAGCAAUCAUAUCCGGACGAAGUUUGGAUGACUUGCGAGAAAAAGUGGGAAUCGAUGGUAUAGUUUACUCCGGAAAUCUCGGUCUGGAAAUUCAGCUACCGGAUGGAACUAAGCUUAAUCAAACGAUAUCGGAGGAAGCUACAGCAAAUUUUCACAAAAUGAUCGAACAACUCACCAAAGAGGUCGCCUACAACGGGGCAUGGAUUCAGAACAAGCAAAUAGCCUUUACGCUACAUUACCGCGAGAUGGAGCCCAAUUUGGUCCCCGAUCUUCUAGUGAAUGCGAAACGAAUCAUUGAAAGUUAUGGCUACCGAACCUUCGCAUCGCACAACGCUCUGGAAGCCAAUCCACCAAUCGAAUGGAACAAGGGCCGGGCAGCCGAACUCAUACUGAGUUCCAGUUUCGACAAAAACUGGAAAAGCAGAAAGGUUAUCUUCGCUGGUGACGACACACCCGAUGAGGACGUGAUGAAAGCGAUUAAAGGUUUCGGAAAAUCAUUCCGAAUCACCAAUGGGGCAGAUGUCCUGACAAAUGCAGAUUUUCAGAUUCGGUCGGUUCAGUCGGUGCUGAAAAUGCUUAAGUGGAUUGAGAAUAAAAUGUGCAAGUAGUAGAUGAGACAGAAAUUUCCCUCGUCAGUUAUAUAGCCUAACAAAAUGGAAAACAAUAAACGAUACUUCAAAAAAGAGAGAAAAAAAAUAUUCGAAACACUUCGAAUAAAAUAAAAUAUUUAUUACAACCAGCACUUUGCGGCAUCAGAGAUGCAAAACAAGUAAAUUCGAUCCCAGAACUGGGCCAGCGCACACAAAAGAAUCUAAAAUACGCCACAAUUUUCUGAUAUCCUUUUUAUAGUUCCUUCAGCCCGGUGGCCGAGCAUUGGAUGCAACCGGACCGCCAAGCAAGCCAUAUUUGUUAUUCCAAUUUUAUGCUUCAUAAAAAUUCAAUGGUUCUGUCAUUUUCAUCGUCCUCGCUAAUGGCUGCAAACCUACAGCAAACAGGAGUGAAAAUGUAUAAAACAAUUUCAUUUCGUUGCCUGGGCCAUAUCCUUCUCAGUCGCCGGUUUGCUUUUCAUUUGGUUGGUUGCUUGUUUUUCGCAUUGUACAUAAUUUCUGCAGAAUGGAGAGGAAAACAUACACAAAGUAAUAAAA